UGACUGACAGUAAGAAAAAGGACUACACUUAAGAAGAUGCGUCUCGCAGUGCUUCUCUGUAUGUUGGCGUGUCUGUGCGCAGCACCGGGCCCGGUGGCCGGGGCGGACAGAAGCUGCACCGACCUGCGGCAGUUCUACACCGGGAAAGGAUUCACUCUAGCAGGGGUACCCCUGACAGAGAUCUCCGGUGAACAUCUGAGGGUGUGUCCUCAGGGUCCAACCUGUUGUACAAGUACCAUGGAGGAGAACCUUGGCGGUCUGAGCUCCCGCGAGACAGAGGGACUGAUCAGAGAGGCCGGCAGGUCGCUGCAGGCUGCCUUCAAUGCUCUCCACAGGAGCUUUGACACCUUUUUCACUGAGCUGCACGGUAAUUCUGAGCGCUCUCUCCAAGAGGUGCUGUCUCCACUCGGCCCUCUGUAUUCCCAGAACACUCGUCUCUAUGGGGAUCUCUACACCGACUUGCGGCAGUACUACCGAGGCUCUGCUCUAAACCUGGACGAGACCCUGUCUGAGUUCUGGUCCCGCCUCUUGGAGCGCACCUUUAAAAUCUCCACUCCAACCGAUGUCAACAUGUCAGAGGACUACCUUGAAUGUGUUGCUAAGCAACAGGAGACGCUGCGGCCAUUUGGAGAUGUCCCCCGGGACAUGAAGGCGAAGGUGAUCCGAGCUUUUGUCACAGCCAGAUCGUUUGUCCAGGGGCUGAUAGUCAGUGGAGAGGUGGUCAGGAAGGUCUCACAGGUUUCUCUAAGUCCAGAGUGUAUGAAGGCCCUGAUGAAGCUGGUUUACUGCCCACACUGUCGCGGCAUGGCCUCCGUCAAACCCUGCUCCAACUACUGUUCCAACGUCAUGAAGGGCUGCCUGGCCAACCAAGCUGACCUGGACCCAGAGUGGCAGAACCUUAUAGACACCAUGAUCCAGGUGGUCUCUAGUUUCAGCACGGAGCCCAGUCUCGAUGUGGUUCUCUCCUCUAUCCCGGCUCGAAUCUAUGAGGCUGUUCACAUCCUACAGGAAAACAUGGACACAUUCACAGCAAAAGUGUACCAGAUGUGUGGAACUCCAGGUGAACCAGGAACAGGAAGUCCCACCCUUCAUGAGCAGAAGAAGAAGAGCGGCUCCCUGACCGCAUCAGAGUACAAACCCUCUCCGACCGCUAGUCUCAGACUGGAGAUGCAGGUGUCAGAUCUGUCCAGUAAGCUGAGGGAGAUGCGGCAGUAUUGGGUGCAGCUCCCUGUGGCAAUUUGCAGCAAAUUGGCAGCAGGAGGCAGUGGUCAGGAUAAAUGCUGGAAUGGCAUUACUAAAGCCAGGUACCUUCCGGAGGUGAUGGGUGACGGCUUGGCCAAUCAGAUCAACAACCCAGAAGUGGAGCUUGAUAUCACAAAGCCAGACAUGACCAUCCGGCAGCAGAUCAUGCAACUCAAAAUCAUGAGCAACAGGCUGAAAAAUGCACUUGAUGGCAAUGAUGUGGACUUUCAAGAUGCAAGUGAUGACAUCAGCGGCUCAGGAAGCGGGAUGUGCGUAGGUGGUCAGUGUCCCCGGAACAGACCAGGAUUGUACGCCUACUCACCAGACAACAACCGAGUCAGAGGUGCAGCCACGUUUCAAACGAGCCUCUGUAGCCUCCUACUUCUGCUCCCAUUGGCCUUCCUACUGCUUCAGCGAUGAUGGA